GCUUCGAAUACUGUUAAAUCUGACUUACUUUUAGAACUUAAUCAAUUCGAAAAGUCAAAAUUCCUGAAGCGGCUUCGAUAUGAGCGAACCGCUGUCAAGCUCUGGACUUCGCAUCAUCUACAACAGUCUGCUGUUGGUCACCUCGGGAUUGACGGCCAGAAAGCUGUCGAUGCUUAAGCAUCCCUUUGCCUUUGGCGCCUGUGUUGUGGGUGGAGCAGUCGCUGUGCUCGGCCUGCUGCGUGGCUUCUAUGGCAACGAUCGUGAUCCGGAGCAGUUCCAAAUGCUGCGCGACGUGAGUCACGGUGUUCUUGAGCUGGUGCCGCUGCCGUUGGUCAACAUGGAGUUGUAUACAAUACGCCUCGGCGUGGGACCUAUGGUCAUCGGUCAUGGCAUCUUUGUGUUGCCGCUGCUGAUCGAUCUGCACUGCUCCGUGGUAAAGGAACGCAAGAAUUGUUGGUUUGCCGAGACGCUACGUGAUCUGCUGCUGUUGGGCAACAUUGUGUCACUCGGCUAUCUGGCUGUGAGAGAGUCGAGUUCGCUCUACAUGCGCAUGGCCUUCACCAUGGUGGUGAUCAAGUAUACGCCAGUUGUGCUCGACAACAUCCAUGACAAUACGGGCGAGGAUAUGCUGGUCUAUGGCAGCGCAUUGUUCUUCUAUUUGCUUGGCCGUGCAGACGUCUUGACUGCCGAUUAAAUCGUGCUCAUGUCUUGUGGUUAACCCGCCUCCUACUCCUACUCCUACUUCAAAAGGUGGCUUUAAGGCUUCGACCAGUCAUUUCAAUUCCCCGAACUCACCGGGUUCGUAUUGGGUUUCAAUAGACGCCUUGCAAGUCAAUUGCUGUUCAUGUUUUCGUAAUUGCCAGCGCCACUAAUCAGCUGCCAACUUCGCUCCGCUUCUCACUCUCCAGUCCUUGACCUGGUCCCUGGUUUCUGGUCCCCUUGCUGCACUUGUUUGGCUUUCUGGCUGGUGUGUCAUUGUGAUUACCAUAGCAGAAAAUUCAGCAGCAACUCCAGCUAAUUUUGAAACAAUUUGCGUGUUUUUUUUAGGGAGACAAAUUCCAAAUUAUUUCCUAAAUUCUUUUACUAAUUAACAAGUCUUUAUAUUUAUUUGGAAGCUACAUUUAUGGUUAUAAAUAUAGAAAUUAUGAUUCGAAUUGAAUAAAGAAGUGAAGCAUUAUUAAUAA